CAUGGUCCCACUACCUCGUAAAUCAAAAGCUUCUUUAUUAUUUAUUUAUUUAUAAUUUUUCUAUAUUAUUCUCCAUACAACCAAAUAUUUAAAGAAACAACAUUUUCCAAUUGCUAUCUUCUCCCAAAUUCUUGUUUUAGAGGUUUUCCUUCAAAUUACUUGUCAAAAGAUGCUUGCCCUCCCACCUCCACCCUCACUACAAUCACCAGCUCCACCGCCUUCAAAUCACCACACAUCAAAGCAAGCCAGAAGCCUACAAAGUCCAUCACCCUCAGUACAAUCAACAGCACCAACGCCUGAAAAUCAAAACACAGCAAAGCAUGCCAGAAACCAACAAAGUCCAGCAGCAGCAGCAGUUACACGAAAUUAUGACAGCAAAAGGUUAAGAAAGCCAAUUCUCCUGCACCCUCAACCCCGUCGGACCAACCCAGUUGUAUGGUUUGGUGCAAUUCUAUGUCUUUUAUUCAGCCUUAUUCUCAUCUUUUUUGGCAUAGCAACUUUGAUUAUCUACCUUGCCAUUAAACCAAGAAGCCCUGUGUUUGACACUCCCGGUGCAAAUCUAAACGUCAUCUACUUCGACUCACCAGAGUAUUUCAAUGGAGAUCUCACCUUCCUAGUAAAUUUUUCCAACCCAAACCAGAAAAUUGAUAUAAGAUUUGAGUAUGUGGAAAUAGAGUUAUAUUUUUUUGACAGACUCAUCGGAACUCAAGCUCUUCAACCUUUUACCCAGAGACAAAAAGAGAAGAGGUUGGAAUCAGUUCAUAUCAUAUCAAGUUUAGUGUAUUUACCCCAUAAUCUUGCUACAGAACUUCAAAAGCAGGUGCAGAACAACAAAGUCAUCUAUAACAUAAGAGGAACUUUCAAAGUGAAAGCUACGCUGGGUUUGUUCCAUUAUUCAUACUGGUUACACGGCAGGUGUGAAAUAGAGAUGACAGCUCCACCAACUGGUGUUCUAAUAGCCCGAAGCUGCAAAACAAAAAGAUAAAAAUCAGAAGAAUUUUACUUUUACUUUUCCUACUUUGUUUGGAUUGAAAUCUGAAAUUCUCAAUAGAAGUGUUGAUAUCAAAGUGCCUGCUAUUCAUCCUAACAAUAGCAAAGAAUUCUUGUAUAUAGCAUUACCCAACCCCACUGCAAAAGCAGCGGAAGUUAUAUUAACGUCAGAUAAGGUGGGGAAAAUUAUCAUCAAUUCAAUUUCAGGUCAUGAUUUUGC